UCAUCCUUCCUGCCUCUUGAUGUCAUCCAUUUUUCAGGAUGCAACAUCAUCUAUAUAAACCUCCAGCAACUCAGUAGUGUGACUAUCGAGUACAUCCACCCAUCACCAAGUCUCAACUGAUCAGAUCAUUCAUCAUGGCCCCCAAAGUCCUCGUUGUCCUCACGUCCCAGGACCAUUUCCCUGCCAACAACCACCCCACGGGUUGGUAUCUGCCCGAGUUCGCUCACCCUUGGGAAGUGCUGCACGACAAGGCCGAGCUGGUCAUCGCUUCCCCUAAGGGUGGCAAGGCUCCUCUGGACCCCAGCUCCGUGAAGAUGUUCGAGAGCGACCCCGUCUCGACCCAGUUCCUGAAAGAACAGGAGGCUCUCUGGACCAACACCGUCAAGCUGUCCGACGUGGCCUCCAAGGUUGCGGAGUUUGAUGCCAUUUUCUACGUCGGUGGCCACGGCCCGAUGUACGACCUCCACAGCGACACGACCUCCCUGGCUCUGAUCCAGGAGUUCGCCGCUGCGAAGAAGCCGGUCGCGGCCGUCUGCCACGGCCCGGCUGUUCUGGUCAAGGCGACCACCCCCUCCGGCGAGCCUCUGCUUGCCGGUGCCUCCGUCACGGGUUUCUCCAACACCGAGGAGGACCAAGUUGGCCUCAGCCCCAUCAUGCCCUUCAUGCUGGAGGACGAGCUGAACCGCGUCUCCGGCGGCAAGUACGUCAAGGCCGACGAGCCCUGGGGCGAGAAGGUGGUUGUGUCGCAGGUCGCUGGUCUGGGUGGUGUGGUCAUCACCGGCCAGAACCCGGCCAGUGCGACUGGCGUAGGCAAGGCCAUCCUCAGUGCUCUUGGAUUGUAAUGAUGUAUAUGAUACCUAGCAUGAAAUACUGAUAGUCUAAUGAACAGUGAUUGCAAAUCUG